AUGGGACGAGACGACGACGGGCGAGCGACGACGGGACCGGACCAUGGACGAGGGCGAACGAGGGAUGGACGACGGAGCUUUGGACCGAGACGCGGGCGAAGCGCGGCGGAUCCGAGGAGGUUUCUGCGAUCGGGACGAGGGAUGACGGCGUCGGGGGGGGGGAAGGAAAUGCACGUCGGUGUCGUGUUCGCGAGCGCGCGGGCGGUGAUGAAACCGCCGGUGCCGGGAGAGGCUGAUUUCUGGAAUCCGCCGACGCGAGACGCGCGAGCGCGAGACUACGUGGACGAAAACGCGCGCGAGGUCAUCGAGCGAGGGAAGCGUGACGCGAACGCUGGUGAUUGUGAUGAUGCGAGCGAAACGAUGACGACGCACGAUGAGUUUGGGCGCGUGCCGGCGUACCUGAUCGAGAUCAAUCGGGAGAGAGCGGAGGAGGCGAGACGCGAACGCGAGACGCGCGCUAAAAAUAUAGCCGAGCGAAGAGCCGCCGGACGCCUGCGAGAGGACGAGCGACAAACGCUCAUCGAUCGUCUGCGCACUGAACACGCAAAGCUCAGCGCGUCGUAUCAAAAGCUCCCGUUCGUCGUGGACACGCCGAACAGGCGCGCUCGCAAGGAGGCGCACGAGCUCAAAUUGGCGCUCAUCGAGCGCGACAUCGAAACCCUCAAUGCGCGCACCGUGUUCGUCGAUGCGUCGUGA